AUGGGCUGUUUUACCACUCAUGCAUCUGGCACGUUAGAUCCUCCGGAGGUGAGGAACUGGCGCCUCCAUGUCAUCGCCUGUAUUGCCUCCAUGUCGGCCCUAGCCAUGGGUUACGAUACCGCCGUCAUUGGCGGAACCAUGGCCCUAGACUCGUUUAGACGCGACUUUGGGACCAUCAACAUCCCUCAGAAUCAGCGCGAUACGAUUCAGGGUAAUAUAGUCUCUACUUUCCAGGCCGGCUGCUUCUUCGGCGCCCUCUUCGCCUUCCCACUUGCGGAAAAGCUCGGUCGAAAGAAAACGAUGAUUAUCGCCUCAUCCGUCUUCCUCAUCGGAGGCACGCUGAUGACGGCAGCUCAGGGUAAACUGAACAUGAUCUACGCUGGCCGAGCCGUAGCUGGCUUGGGCAUCGGUGCAUCAUCUAUGACAGUGCCCGUCUACAUCGCCGAAAUUGCCCCACCCUCUGUUCGGGGUCGUCUCAUUGGUAUCUUUGAGAUCGCUUCGCAAGGUGGGGGUAUGCUUGGCUUCUGGAUCAACUACGCCUGCGAUCGAACCAUCGACGUCGAGAGACAAGCCCAGUGGAUAGUCCCGCUCGCCAUUCAGCUCAUCCCUGGUCUUUUGCUGCUCAUGGGUGUUGCCUGGUGUCCGGAGUCUCCAAGGUGGCUGGCCCGCGGGGACAAUUUCGAAGGAGCUGAAAAGAUCCUGACGAAACUUCGUAACCUCGACUCAUCACACGCAUACAUUCAGCAUGAAAUGAGUGAGAUCCGCGCACAAGUCGAAGAGCGCAGUACCAACCGCAUGAGCAAGAAGGCUCAGUUCAAGAAGCUAUUCCAGAAGGGCGUGCGUAACCGCAUGGCCAUCGGUCUCGCUCUCAUGUUCUUGCAGUCAUUCACUGGAGUUAACAUCAUCACCUACUACGCUCCUCGCAUCUUCGAAACCCUUGGCAUAUCCGGGACCUCCCUGAAGCUCUUCUCCACCGGCUUUUACGGUAUUGCAAAGACGCUUGGCAUGUGCACCUUCACCUUCGUCGUUGUUGAACGAGUGGGUCGUCGCAAGGGUCUCAUCUGGGGCGCCGCCCUUGGCUGCAUUCCCAUGUGGUAUAUUGGCGGGUACGUCAUGAAGGCUGACCCUGCCGCCGCCGCUGCUGCAGGAACCAUCAACCGCGACGGCUGGGGCUAUCUUGCCAUGGUGUGCGUGUACAUCAACGCGUUUAUCAUUUGCGCGACGUGGCAGGGCAUCACGUGGACGUACGCAUCCGAGAUCUUCCCCCUCGACAUCCGCAUGCUCUGCGUCUCCCUCACCACCGCCGACACCUGGCUCGGAUCCUUCAUCAUCGCCCGCUCCACGCCCUACAUGAUCAGCGACCUCGGGUACGGCGCGUACUUCUUCUUUGCCUCCAUUCUCGUCGCCAUGGGCAUCUGGAGCUUCUUCUUCGUGCCCGAGACCAAGGGCAUUACGCUUGAGGAAAUGGACGCCCUCUUCCUGACUCCCGUGCACAAGGCCGUUUGGGCCCAGAUCCGCGGGAAGCAGCUGUUCGUGGAUGAGUAUGAGGUUGCGCGGGGCAAGUUGGGGGAGAAGAGCGGCGUGGUGUAUACGGAGAGCGUUCCGCAGAAUCAGAAAGGGAUGUAG